AUGGUCUCCAACAUCGCCCAGAAGCUCGCCGACAAGGAGAAGUCGGACGAUGCGCCGCCGUGGUCACGCGUCGUGCCGCUCGCGAUGAUCGCGUGCGUCGCGGCCAUCCUCGCCUCGCCGGGCUCCGUCGUCGGCCCCGACGGGCCGGUCCCGCGCUUCGCCGCGGUCUCCGCCCGGCUCGCUGCGCGCGACGCUGGCGGCGCGGCGGAGCAGGAGGCGGGAGCGGCCGUCGCGCCGCUGCUCGCCGGCCUGCACGGCCGCGCCCUCGUCCUCGGCGCCGCCGGCUUCACGUCGCUCCUCUCGCUCCCCGGACUCGGUUCACGCGCCAUCCCGUCGGUCGACGCCGUCGUCUCUCUGUCGGCGCUCUGCCGCGCCAACCUCACGGCCGCGCUCGCAGAGGUGAGGCGGGUGCUAAAGUCGAACGGGCGCCUCGUCGUCUUCGAGCCGACCCUCGGGCUCGACUCGCGCUCCACUCGCCGCCUCCAGGCGCUGACCGACGGCUGCCGCCUGGACGACGACCUCGCCGGCCUGCUCGAGGAGGGCGGCUGGAGUCGGCAGAGCAUGGCGAGGCACUCGCUCGCCGCCGCGCGCAGCUGGCUGACGGCGCCGUUCGUGCUCGGCGGCGCCGGCGCCAACCUUCACGAGCCUCCCUCGGGAGCUCAGGCCGAGCCAUCGGCCGACGCGCCGCCAGCGCCGGCCGAGGACGACAUCGUGGCUCGCUCAACCUUCACGCUCACCUCGGGCGGCGGUUCGCGUGGCUACGAGUGCGUGGUGCGGCGUGGCCAGGACGCCGCCGCCGCGGCCGUCGCCUUCGCGGAGGAGCACGCGCUCAACGUCGACGGCGUGCUCCAGAUCGCGCAGCACCUGGUCGGACAGGUGGAGAGCGCCGCCUACGAGCCGCCAAAGGAGCUGCGGCUGCGGACGGCCGGCGCGCACAAGAAGAGGGCCGAGUCGCUGGCCAAGGAGGGCGUGCAUGACGAGGCGGCCGAGCACCUGGCACGCGCGCUGAUGCGGCCAGGGCUCGAGACCGACAUCGCGGAGGCGGAUUGGUCCUCCUUUCUGGCCGAGGUGCUCGCCCCCUCGAAGCUCCGGGGGCAGGACGCGUCGGAGCAGGUCUUCGCCUUUUGCGCCGCCAACGGGCUGCACUCGGCGGACGAGGUGAGCAAGCUGGGCGGCCUUGUCAGCGGGCGGCUCGAGGAGGCGGGCCACGCGCGCGAGGAGGCGACGAGUGCGGCGGCGCUCGUCGUGCGCGGCGCCAGGCAGCGGCGCGAGGGCGGCUAUCCGCCACCCCAAGUUUACCCACCUCACCACCUCCCCACCCUCACCUCCAGGCAGCGGCGCGAGGGGGACUACUCCGCCGCGGGCGCCGCGUUCGCUCGCGCGCUGCACCAUGCCGGCGCGGGCGAACUGAGCAAGGAGCAGCUGGCCUUCUAG